GGGAUAUCAUUGCUCUUGAAGGUGAAGAUCGGUAACCGCGCUUCCCCAUUGGUAGGCUUUGGUUCUGUAAAAGAGGAAGUGGAGAAGUCCCCAAAACAUCGCAGCCGCAGCAGCAGCGCGCGCACGCCCAAAAUUUCUACGGGCGGGCGCUUGCAACUUCGGAGCCUCCAGAACUGCUGCCUUUGCGGCGUGCCCGUGUUUGCUGCUGCUGCUGCCGCCGCCGCGACUGCUCUCCCGUCUCCAGUGCGCGCUUGGAGCUGCUCAGAGAAGUGAGUGGAGGCGGCGCUGUGCAUGCUGGGCUCAGAUCAUGGUGGGGCUUGGCAAUAGGAAGCCAGGCAGGAAGGAGUCGAACUAGCGUGCAUCGGCGAGCGAGGCAGCGCUAGACUGAGGGCUUUGCGGAUCGUGUGAGCCGAUCGGCUGGUUUGAUUGGAGCUGGAGUGAAGAAAGGGGAAGCAAAGUCCCGUAGGCAGAGGCGGGACGGGGCUGCGAGGGAGGCGGAACCGGGGGAGGGGGUCAUUUGGAACCACGCUGUACGCGCCCCCCUCCCCCGUCUUCGCCUCCCCCUUUUGCCGAUCUGACUGAAGGAGAAGAGGAAAAAAAGGAGAGGGGCAGGGAAUCCCCGCUUCUUGCAAAGGGAGGCGCCGGUUGGGUUGUCGGUGCUGGCGCGUGAAGCAAAGCCGAGACAAGAGGAGCGUAUUUCGGCGCCGCUGCCAACCCCUCCAGGAACAGCCGCCGCCGCCGCCGCUGCCUCCCCAUUGCCGGGAGAUGGUGGCAUAUGAAGCGCGCUGGAAGGACCAUGGUUGAAAGGAACAGCAAGUUCCUGCUGAUCGUGGCGGGGUCGGUGUGUUUCAUGCUCAUCCUGUACCAGUAUGUGGGGCCGGGGCUGAGUCUGGGCUCGCCGAGCGGCCGCUCGUACCAGGAUGAACUGGACCUCUUCCCCACUCCGGACCCGCACUACGUCAAGAAGUACUACUUCCCCGUGCGGGAGUUGGAGCGCCAGCUGGCCUUCGACAUGAAGGGCGACGACGUGAUUGUCUUCCUGCACAUCCAGAAGACGGGCGGCACCACCUUCGGCCGCCACCUGGUGCAAAACGUGCGCCUCGAGGUCCCCUGCGACUGCCGGCCCGGGCAGAAGAAAUGCACCUGCUACCGGCCCAACCGCCGGGAGACCUGGCUCUUCUCGCGCUUCUCCACGGGCUGGAGCUGCGGGCUUCACGCCGACUGGACCGAGCUCACCAACUGCGUGCCCGGCGUCCUGGACAAGCGAGAGAGCGCCGCGGUCAAACCUCCCAGGAAGUUUUAUUACAUCACUCUGCUAAGGGAUCCUGUGUCCCGUUAUCUCAGUGAAUGGAGGCAUGUCCAGCGAGGAGCUACCUGGAAAACAUCCUUGCACAUGUGUGAUGGCCGAACGCCAACCCCUGAAGAGCUGCCAUCAUGCUAUGAAGGCACAGACUGGUCAGGCUGUACUCUUCAGGAGUUCAUGGAUUGCCCAUAUAACUUAGCUAACAAUCGCCAAGUGAGGAUGUUGGCUGAUCUGAGCUUGGUAGGCUGCUAUAAUAUGUCCUUCAUACCAGAAAACAAGCGAGCACAGAUACUGCUGGAAAGUGCCAAGAAAAAUCUCAGAGACAUGGCCUUUUUUGGCUUGACAGAAUUCCAGAGAAAAACACAGUAUUUGUUUGAGAGAACUUUCAAUCUAAAAUUUAUCAGGCCAUUCAUGCAGUAUAAUAGCACAAGAGCAGGUGGAGUGGAGGUGGACACCAAGACCAUACGGAGAAUUGAGGAACUUAAUGACUUGGACAUGCAGCUGUACGACUAUGCAAAAGACCUCUUCCAACAGCGCUAUCAGUACAAGAGGCAGCUGGAAAGGAUGGAGCAGAGAAUAAAGAAUCGGGAAGAAAGGCUUCUUCACCGAUCGAAUGAAGCACUUCCCAGGGAAGAGACCGAAGAACAAGGACGGUUGCCUACCGAGGACUACAUGAGCCAUAUUAUAGAGAAAUGGUAGCAUUGAAAGAAUUUUAUACAAAAAAACCCAAGAUGUUAGUGUUUCCAUUACAAAAGAACAUGGAAUUUAAAAAAAAAACUUAUUUAAAACAAUCUGUAAAACAGAAA